AUGUCGGCACGAGUCACGGCGGUUCAGUUACAAAACGGGUCGGCUACAGUUACCUAUGGUUCAUCGUUUGCUGCCUCGUCACAAAAUACAAGUGAGACAUUCGAUCAUGUAAUCGUAGCAACUACAGCAACUGCCGCUUCUCUUCUCGACCUACGACCACGUCACCGUUUCGUGGCCACCUACAAUGCUUUGCGGCAGCUGCACUAUGACUGUGCCAGCAAAGUAGGCCUAUACUUCACACGACAGUGGUGGCGCGACCUAGGCAUUGAUGGUGGCUUUAGCACCACCGAUUUGCCUACACGUACUACGAUUUACUUCAGUUUCCCGGCAGCUCCUUCGCCUGCAACAUUACUUGCGUCUUACUCCUGGUCCCAGGAUUCACUGGUAUGGUCAGCUGUACCCAAUGAGGCGGCCAUUGAAAUCGCUCUGAAUGAUGUGCAGCGGCUCCAUUCUGGCGUCAAUAUCAGUCAAUACUUUGCUGGAGGUAGGUCAUCGACGUGA